AUGGAAGGUGUUGCAAACUUGCGAGUAUAUUAUAAUGGUGAGGUUAUAACAAACACACAUGAAGGAGUGACUUUUGUUUGUGAAUGUCCGUUGUCAUUUGCCAUUCCAUGUACCAUGAGUUUUGUCGAGUUGCAAAAUGGUCUUUGUAAUAACAUUCAAAGCCUCAUUUUGAAAAGGGUGAGCAAUCUUUUAUACAGAAGUCCUGUGCAAGUAUUUGGUGGGCUAAUACAGUUUCAAAUAAUGCCCAUCACUGACGAUGUCAGUAUGCAGCAGAUGUUGUAUAUUUAUCAACAAACCCGAUCUCAUGUGCCAAUGAUAGAGCUGUACGUUGAGUUUGAACAGCAGUCGGGGAUGAAUUGGGAAAAAGAUAAUAAUGACAACGAAAAGGAAUUCGAAGCUAACUAUGAAGUCAAUGACGAAAUCGAUGAUGGAGACUUGGCAGGCAAUCCGGCGGUGCAAGAUGAAGCGAAUGUCAUUGUAAGCCAACACCCGUUUGGUGUUUCGUCUUUUAUGCGGACUCUAGAUCUCGAAGCGAUGCAUGCCCUGGAGUUUCCUGAGUAUGCGAAUACGGGUGAAGGCAACGUUGCGGCGGAAGAUGGCGAGUUUAGUGUCGGAAUGAGAUUUGGUUCGAGAGAUUCGGUGAUAUCUGCAAUCAAAAGCUACACCAUCUCUAGAGGAGUUGAUUACAUUGUGUAUAAGUCUGAGCCGCAGACAUUCUAUGCGAAAUGCAUGGGGUAUGGUGCAGGGUGGGACUGGCUUAUCCGAGCUAGCUUGAUUCGAAAAAAAGCUUGUUGGGAGAUCAGGAGAUACAAUGGCAAGCACACAUGCACCAUGGGCACGAUUUCACAAGAUCAUGCCAAGUUGGACUCAAACACAAUUGCAGAUGCCAUUAAGCCGUUGGUCGAAGCAGACCCCUCGAUAAAGGUGAAGUCUAUUAUUGCAGAAGUUCAAGGCAGGUUCAACUACACUGUGAGUUACCGCAAGGCUUGGUUGGCAAAGCAGAAAGCUGUCGCAAAAAUUUUCGAUGAUUAG